AUGGUGCAAGAUGACAUGUCAAAUGAGGUUUAUCAUAAUGAUGAUGACCCUAAGAGCUAUGAAGAGGCCAUGAGAAGCUCGGAUUGCAACAAAUGGCAAAAAGCCAUGGAAUCUGAAAUAGAAUCAAUGAAGAUCAACAAAGUAUGGACUUUAGUUGAAACAUCAAAGGAUAUAAAACCAAUUGGUUGUAAAUGGGUUUACAUGAAAAAGAUUGGAGCAGAUGGAAAGGUCGAGACCUAUAAAGCUCACCUUGUUGCUAAAGGAUAUCGUCAACAUGAAGGAAUAUAUUAUGACGAAACAUUUUCUCCUAUGGCAAUGCUCAAAUCAAUUCAGAUUCUACUUGCCAUAGCAACAUACUAUGAUUAUGAGAUAUGGAAAAUGGAUGUGAAAACAGUUGAAAGAGGAAGUGUACAUGACACAACCUGA